AUGAGAUACGAUUGGAUUGAGCUAAAAGUUCCUCGAAAAGUUGGGCUUGAUUCUUAUAUGGUUUAUUCAGGAGAAAAGGAGAUUGUCGGAACAUUGAUGGGAUUCGACGACUACGUCAAUAUGGUACUGGAGGAUGUGGUCGAGUACGAACAAACACCGGACGGUAAACGAGUGACAAAAUUGGACACAAUUUUGUUGAACGGAAAUCACAUAACGAUGCUUGUACCUGGUGGUGAGGGACCGGAAGUCUGA